AUGACGAUCAACCGCACCCGUAAAGAAGACAUGUGGGCCCAAUCCUCCACCACCACUGCCAACACGGAGAACAGCACUCCAACCAGCCCAGCAAAGAGCUCUCCCGCCACAUCUCCAGCGAAGUCCACCGGAGCCAGCAGCAUCGGCACAAAUGAGGGCACCAACUCCACCAAGGCCUCCAUGACUCCAAUCUCCCGCGGCAGCCACUCUGGCAACCACAGCCCGGAGGAAGGACUCCCACCAAUGCCCAACGUCAGCAGAAUGUCCGAGUAUGGGGAUGAUUCUGAAUUUGGGGGUGAGGGUUCCAGCAUGUUGGGGGGCAACCACCAGCAGCAUGCGGACGCGUUGUCGAGGGCCUUGAGCGUCAUUUCUCUCCAUGGGGACACCACGCCAAGGGCUCUGAAGACUGUGGUGGCUAUCACAGCUACCAAUUAA